CUUCAGAAAAUUUCCGAAACAAUAAAUGUAACGGCUAACAUUGAUAACUUGGCUUUCGAGCUUAUCAAGCGCUUGAAAAGCCAACAAGACAAGAAUCGCAAAGGAAAUGCGGAUGAAAAGAACUUUCUGAAGAGACGAGUAAUAUGUGGAGCUCACGAAACACUAAAGUUUGCACAGUCUGGAAGAGUAAAGCUCAUCUUCUACGCGAAAAAUAUGGACGAGAAUAAUUUAAGAGCUGCUUCGAAUUUCCAUUCUCUACAAAUUGUCUGUCCUCUCGCAGGAAUACCGAUGAUCGAGGUGUUAACGAGAAAGGAAUUGUCUCGAAUUAUGAACAAAUUUCCAUACGUUGCUGUUGUCGGAGUUAUCGAUUUCAGUGGAUUUGAGAGAGAAACCGAGGACAUCGUGAAGAACUGGAAAAUACACGAUUCAUGCAAGCUGUUUCACAUCGAUCAAUCUUCCCUCUUGCCGUGAAUCAACCAUCUUGUAAAAUAAAGUAUUUGACUACU